AUGCAAUUUUUUUCGGGGUCGCUGAGAAGAAAACGACUGCAGGGCCCCGUGGAAAAAAAAGGCGCUUCGCCAAACAAGAGUCGAGCUACGUUUCAAAAUCCACGAGGCCGGAAACGCGUUUUGGCGCCAAGCACGACCGACGUGGAAAUUGGAGCGCAUCUCUGCUCGGUUCAACGACGAGAGACGGCGCAGUCGAGUCAGUGGAGCAGUCGAGUCGAGUCGAGUCGAGUCGUAGGUCGACUUUGCCGCAGAUUCGUGGCCACGCCAAGCAAGCUUUUUCUUGCCUGCUUAGAAAUUGGCUGA